UCAUGCAUAUAAGCGUUCAAUCCUGGGAAGUCAAGUUACUGACACGAACAUGAAUUCCUGCUCAAGCUCAAGCCUCACAGGCCGUUCUCGAGGAACUUUGCCAUAAAGUCUUUAACGAGGAAAGGCUUGCUGGAGCUGGACUCGGUCAAGUAGCAAUCUGUAUAGCGAUCAAUGACCGAUAACUUCAUCAUGCUCGAUUCGAUGGUGCCUAGUCAUGGUGCCUGGAACACGCUCGUCGACGUCUGUCGCCAUCCUCUGACCGACGUGCGACGUGCGUCGUAUGCUUCAAACUCGUAUGGAGGACGUCUCGCGUGGGCUUGAAGAUCGUCUCUCGUUGCCGGGGAGACUGGGUGAAUCUGCCGGCACUACAAACAUAGGGAUGUUCAAUUUCGUAUCUUUUGUCGCCUUCUCCACUAUCCUUAUCUCCGUCUCUCCUGCCCUGGCUGGCUCAAAGACAUGCAAGACGGCUCCUAUCAUGUCUCGGGGCAUCGCCGAGCAGACCUACCCCGCCGUUCACAAUGCCGAGAGGGCCAAGUACGAUGCCCAGCCUCUCGCGUGGAACGCAACUCCCGCGAGCGCAGCUCAGCCUUGGGCGGAGAAGUGCACUUUCGAGCACGGGAGGAAAUAUCAGUCCCUACGGUGAUACCCCUAUCUUCUGCGCUUGUAUCAACUGAUAUUCCUCAUUCUCACUCCGUAGAGAACCUCGCCGCGGGAACCGGUAACUACACUGCUAUCAAUGCUAUCAACAACUGGGAUAGCGAAGCUU